AUGUGGGAGUCCAACAAUGGACCGAAGAUCACAACCAUUCUUGAAAAGAACAAGGUCGAAGCUAGAAGUCACAUUCCCACCAAAUCACAUGAGUUUAUUUACCAGGUGAUGAACAUGUAUGGGGGCAUGUACUCUAUAGAUUUGCAGGCUUGGGUUUGUUCCUGUAGAAGAUGGAAACAUUUUGGUAUACCUGGCAGUCAUGUUAUUGCUGCAAUUUGGCAUAGAAGAGAGGAUCUUGAGCUAUAUGUUUCCAAAUGGUAUAUUAGAGAAUACUACAUGAAGGCCUACUCUGUACAGAUUUUUCCCAUUAGGAAUCAAGAUGAGUGGCCUAGAAGUGGCAAUGUGGGAAUGAUUAAGCCAAUUGGGAAGACACAACAUGGUAGGCCUAAGAAAAGUAGAAGAGUUGAACUGGAUGAGAUUGCUCCAUCAAAAGGCAAGAAACUAAAACGAAGAUAUGUGAGAAUGAGAUGUUGUGGCUGUGGUGCAGUGGGGCACAACUUCAGAACUUGUGCUAGAAACAUUGCAAAUUCAGCUUCAGUAAGUUCAACAACAAAUGAGAGUGGUCUCACUGGAAUAAUUUCACCACCUCAGGUCCCAUUCAACCCACCGAGGAAAAUAAGCAAGUGA